AUUUGCUCCAAUGAUCGAUCAAGAAAGUAGGCCUAGGCUUGGCCAACGAAACGAAAGUUUUUCGUCAAACAAAAAACAACAACAUGGCUAUGACAAAAGAGUGAAGCGUGAGAGUUCUGAGAAAAUUCCUAUUAGAGUUUCCACAAAGAAAAGAUGGAAGAUUGUCCGGCCCAAAGACUUCAUGUGAGAGAGCUGAGCGAAGAGGAAAGAACCAAGUUGGAGGAAGACAUCAAUGUCAUUUCGGACUUUAAACAGAAUAAACUUGAGUUAGAGGCCAAGAAGAAUUGGGACCUUUUCUAUAAGAGAAACACUACAAAAUUCUUCAAAGACAGACAUUGGACAACAAGAGAGUUUGAAGAGUUGACAAGCAGUUGUGAUAACAGUGAUGAUCAUGCAGAAAGUCGCCGAAGAGUAAUUUUUGAAGUUGGGUGUGGGGUCGGAAAUUUCAUGUUCCCAUUGUUAGAAGAGGAUCCCCAUACCUACUUCUACGCUUGUGACUUCUCUCCAAGAGCUGUCGAUUUUGUGAAGAGCAAUCCCCUCUAUAACAGCGAUCGCUGCACAGCAUUCCCUUGUGACAUCACCCAAGAUGACAUCACAGCAACAGUGCCCCCUGCCUGUGUAGACAUAACAACUCUCAUAUUUGUCCUCUCUGCCAUACAUCCUGAGAAAAUGGUCCAAGCAAUUGAAAAUGUUGCAAAGACCCUCAAACCAGGAGGAGUGCUCCUGAUCCGCGACUAUGGACUGUAUGACUAUGCCAUGUUGAGGUUCUCCAAAGGGCACAAAUUGUCAGAAAACUUCUAUGUUAGACAGGAUGGCACCAGAGCUUUUUAUUUUUCCCUUGAGAAACUGAACAGUAUAAUGUCACAGGCUGGUCUCCUGCAGAUUCAGAGUAGCUACAUCGAGAGAGCCACGGUCAAUAAAAAAGAAGGCAUCCAUGUACCUCGGAUUUUUGUUCAAGGCAAAUACCGCAAGGCUUCCAGUGCUGGUGAUGUUUUAGGGACCAGUGACAGACAUAGUGAUUCUAACACUUCCAUGGAAAGCUCACGUCCCCCUGGGUGUGCUGACAGUUGUGAGAGCGACAAAUUAUCUGUUUGUUCUCCUAGCUCUGGUCUCUCUACAGUCAAUGGAACAGUAGGAGCAGAAGACAUUUCUUCAGUUGUGGAAAAUUUGACUCUUCAUAGCAAUGCUGAUGCUGACGACAGAUGACAAAUAACUACCUCUUAGAUUUACCUGAAGUAUAAAUACUGCUGUUUCCAAAAGAAACUGUUAUGUCUGUAGUAUCAGCCUCGCUACAGUCCACUACGCUUUUGCUGAAGGAAGAAAUGCAAAAGAAGAGAUGUCUGUUUUGUUGAUGCCAUUUGAUGCUGUUACACUAAUGUUGUCAUGUAAUAUUCUAUUAAAUAUGUGCUGAGUAAAGA